UAAAUUGAGAGUUUCCUUGUACAAAUUUAUGAAGAUGUGCCUAAAUAAAUUAGAAAAAUGGUGCAAUUUACUUUAAAAAACUGAAGCAAAAUAGUUUAAAAAGGUGGAAAAGAAAAGUACUGAAUUUUCUAAGCAGUAUCGCGAAAGCAAAUUAAAAAGAAAAUUAUAAGUAAAUUAAGGAAAUUCAAAUCAAUUCCCGAACUGUUAUUUAAAGAAUGAAAAUUUAGAAAAUUGAAGUAAAGAAGAAACAAAAAAAAAUUUCUGUAUGAUGGAUCAGUCUUUGGAUAUGACGCAAUCGAAACUUGAUAUGGGUGGAAGUAACAUUGAAUUUUGUUUGGUCUGUGGUGAUCGAGCUUCAGGACGACAUUAUGGAGCAGUUAGUUGUGAGGGAUGUAAAGGAUUUUUCAAAAGAUCGAUAAGAAAACAACUUGGAUAUCAAUGUCGAGGAUCAAUGAAUUGUGAAGUAACAAAACAUCAUCGAAAUCGAUGUCAAUAUUGUCGAUUACAGAAGUGUCUUGCAUGUGGAAUGAGAAGUGAUUCUGUGCAGCACGAACGAAAGCCAAUUGUUGAUAGAAGACAACCAGAGAACAAAAAUGCAUCAGUAGAAAAUGAGCAAAACUCAACACUCUCAGCUAAACUUCGCAUGAAGAAAGAAUCGUCAAAUGAUUCUGUGAAUUAUUUAAGUUUAUUUCAAUUGAAUCCUUUAUUAAUUCAUGCAGUCAAUCCAGCACAAGCUUUCUCUUCUGGUGUUCCUCAAUCAACAGCAAAACAACUCACAGACUCAACAAAUAUAAAAGUCGAAGAUACAUUUACGGACGAUUCGAUUGAAAGUAAAACAAACAACAAUAACAACAGCAAUAAUAAUGUUGAGUGCUUUGAGUUAUUGGAAUCUGUCGAGGAACAGAAACUUCUUAAAGAUAGUUUCAACAUGAUUAGCAUCAUUGAAUCGUCGCUUCAUGAACAGCAACAACAACCAAUAAACGAAAAUGUCGAUGAGAAUUCAUCACAACAAUUCUUUUCCAAUCUUAUCGAUGAAAAUUUGUCACAAUUUAAAAUUCAAGUUCCAAAUCUUUUGCCAAAAAUGCAUUUUGUGUGUGAGAUUGGAAGUCGAAUCUUGUUUAAAUCCAUUGACUGGCUUCGUGACAUUCAAGUGUGGAAAUUGUUUAAGUCAGACGAACAAAUCGAAAUGCUUAAAAACACUUGGAAUGAACUUUUAAUUAUUGGAAUUGCACAAAUCGCUUCAUCAACAUCACAAUCAGUUCAACUUAAAUCGAUGAUAAUAUCGACGCUUGUUAAUUAUGUCAAGUCUUUGAUUGUGUGCUCAACAAAUGAAACAAAUCAGCAUGGUGAGAAGAACGAAACAAAGUCAGCGAGUGUGAAGAAACUUAAGAAAAUGUUGAGCAACAUAAUGAUGAUCAAUAAGUUUAUCGACUCAAUAACUAAUCUUGAAUUGAAUACAAUCGAAUUCGGUCAUUUACGAAUGUUCUGUCUUUUCAAUCCAAACAAAUGCUACCCAAUGUGUUCAAAGAUGCAAACUUAUCAUCAAAAGGUUGGCGCUAAUCUUAAAACUUUUCUCAAAAAUCACAACAUUUCAAACGAACAAAUUCAUGAUCGUGUUAUUUCCCUCCAUCAAUCACUUUCGAUUCUCUCGUCACUUGAUGUUAAAAUUAUUGAAUGUCUCUUUUUCAAUACGUUAGUUGACUUUAUCAAGAUUGAUAAUGUAAUUCCUUAUAUCGUCAACCUCAACAACAAUUCGGACACAAACGAAAGUCGACAAAAUGUUAAAGUUGAAUUAAACGAUGAAAAUAAUUUAAUGUCCAUUAAUAACGAAGAUCAACGGUAUUACAACAAUAAUUAUAGUGGAGAUGAAAAGUAGUAAAUAAUAAGUUAAUAGUAUUAACAAAUAUGUCUCGACAAUAAUGAUGAAAAAUAGUUGAAUAAGUUGAAUUUAUUUAGUUAAGAAAUAUAUUAAACAUUACUUAUAUUAAUUAUCUCUUUAUCAGUUUCAAAUUUUUUUUAAGUAUUGCUUAGUAUUAUUAACUGGCCUUUUAUGAAAUAAAUAUUGCAAUAUGAAUAUUUUGUAUUACAUUUCUUCUUGUUAAUUAAAGCACUUUAAAAAGAAAGAAUAAAAAUGAGGAAUAAUGUUUUAAACUCGC